CUUUCGACCGAGGUAACUUCGCAGUGAAUCAUCAUCAGCAAUAAAAAAAAGAACCGGCGAAAGAGGUCGAGAGAGAAAAAUACAAAAAAACUCUGAAAAACCCUAGUUUUCAAAAUCGAAGAUCAAUUUCGUCGUCAAUGGAUCUCCAGAACACAGUGAAAGAAGCUCUCAACGCACUCUAUCAUCACCCUGAUGAUGCCGUUCGAGCGCAGGCCGAUCGCUGGCUGCAGGAUUUCCAGCACUCCAUCGACGCUUGGCAGGUUGCUGAUAAUUUUCUUCAUGAUGCUAACAGCAACAUAGAGACCCUCAUUUUUUGUUCUCAGACACUUAGAAGCAAGGUACAAAGGGACUUUGAGGAGUUACCUUCUGAAGCAUUUCGACCUUUACGUGAUUCCUUAUAUACAUUGCUGAAGAAACUCAGCAAAGGGCCCCCAAAAGUUAGAACACAGAUUAGCAUUGCAGUUGCUGCUUUGGCUGUGCAUGUCUCUGUAGAAGACUGGGGCGGUGGUGGCAUUGUUAAUUGGGUCAGUGAAGAGAUGAAAUCUCACCCUGAAUACAUCCCGAGUUUCUUGGAGUUACUUACUGUCUUGCCACAGGAAGCUUCAAGCUAUAAAAUAGCAGUUCGUCCUGAAAGGCGCCGCCAAUUUGAGAAGGAGAUUUCUUCAUCAGCCGAGGUUGCUUUUGGUCUCUUGACCGCAUGUUUGGGAUUUGAGGAAUUCAGAGAGCAGGUUUUGGAGUCUUUUGCUUCAUGGCUACGACUGAGCCAUGGGAUUCCUGCAUCUUCUCUCGCUUCUCAUCCUCUUGUCCAUGCAGCCUUAUCAUCUUUAGACUCUGAGCAGCUUCUUGAACCAGCUGUAAAUGUUAUAUCAGAAUUGAUACACUAUAGUGUAGCUAGAAGUUCCGGUGGGUUCUCUGCACAAAUGCCUCUGAUUCAAUUACUUGUUCCGCGUGUUAUGGGUCUCAAAGAUCAACUUAGGGACUCUUCUAAGGAUGAAGAAGAUGUGAAGGCCAUUGCUCGCUUAUUUGCAGAUAUGGGGGAUUCUUAUGUAGAAUUGAUUGCGACUGGUUCUGAUGAAUCUAUGUUAAUCAUUCAAGCAUUGCUUGAAGUUGCUUCUCACCCUGAUUAUGAUAUUUCCUCCAUGACAUAUAACUUCUGGCACCACCUCCAGGUUAACUUGACUAGAAGGGACUCCUAUUCUUCAUAUAGUUCAGAAGCUUCAGGUGAGGAAGAGAGGAACCGGAGACUGCAAGUUUUUCGUCCAUCAUUUGAAAUGCUGGUGUCUUUGGUUAGCUAUCGGGUUGAGUAUCCACAAGACUAUCAGAACCUUUCUGAGGAAGAUCACAAGGAUUUCAAGCACAUCAGAUAUGCUGUCAGCGAUAUACUAGUUGAUGCAACUGCAGUUUUGGGUGGCGAAUUAACUUUGAAGAUUCUCUUUAUGAAGCUAGUACAGGCAGUUGGAAAUUGUAGCAGUAAUGAAAACUGCAAGUGGCAACCUGUGGAAGCAGCACUCUACUGUAUACAAGCUAUCGCUAAAUCAGUUUCAACGCAGGAAGCUGAAAUAAUGCCUCAGGUUAUGACAUUACUUCCAAAGCUUCCUUGUCAGCCCCGGUUACUACAAACUGUCUGUUCGACCAUUGGAGCAUAUUCAAAAUGGAUCAACGCUGCUCCAAUUGAACUUGCAAUCCUGCCUCCACUUGUUGAUAUUCUUACAAGGGGUAUGAGCACAUCUGAGGAUUCUUCAGCAGCUGCAGCUAUCGCAUUCAAGUACAUAUGUGAAGACUGCAGCAAACAGUUCAGUGGAUCAUUGGAUGGUCUCUUUCGUAUCUAUCACAUAGCAGUCAGUGGGGAGGGGGGUUACAAAAUAUCUGUUGACGAUUCCAUGCAUUUGGUUGAGGCAUUGAGUGUGGUUAUUACAGAACUACCCCCAGAGCAUGCUAAAAAAGCAUUAGAAUUAGUCUGCUUGCCAUCUGUUUCUUCUUUACAGCAGGAAAUUACUGCUCAAGGUGGAGUAGCAAUGCAACAGUUACCCGCACGGCAGUUGACCAUGCACAUUGAUCGUCUAGCAUGCAUUUUUAGGAACGUAGAUCUUCCAGAAGUUGUGGCUGAUGCGAUUCAGAAGUUCUGGCCAAUCUUUAAAUCUAUCUUUGAUCAUCGUGCUUGGGAUAUGCGGGCGAUGGAGUCGUUAUGCCGUGCCUGCAAAUAUGCUGUGAAAACAUCAGGAAGGUACAUGGGGAUCACAAUUGGAGUUAUGCUGGAAGAGGUUCAAGCUUUAUAUCGGCAACACAGCCAACCAUGUUUCCUUUACCUAUCAAGUGAAGUGAUAAAAAUAUUCGGAUCUGAUCCAUCUUGUGCAAACUACCUUGGUAGUUUAAUUGAAGCACUUUUCAGCCACACAACCAAACUUCUUAUGACGAUUAAAGAUUUCACAGAAAGACCUGACAUAGCAGAUGACUGUUUUUUGUUGGCCUCAAGAUGCAUUCGUUAUUGUCCUCAUCUAUUUAUUCCUUCUUCUGUAUUUCCUUCAUUAAUUGACUGCUCAAUGAUUGGCGCUACUAUUCAACAUAGAGAUGCUUGCAAAUCUAUACUGACAUUUUUAUCCGAUGUGCUUGAUCUUGCAAACUCUUCUGCUGGUGAAAAGUACCGUUCAAUUAUUGACGGUGUGGUACUUCCUAGAGGUGCCACCCUCACUAGAAUAUUGAUAGCCUCCUUAACCGGAGCACUCCCAUCUUCCAGGCUAGAAGAGGUUUCUUAUGUCCUUCUAGCCCUAACAAGAACAUACGGAAUGAAGGUGUUGGAGUGGGCAAAGGGAAGCCUUUCACUAAUACCAUCUGCAGCCAUAACAGAGGUGGAAAGUGCAAGUUUCCUUCAGGCUCUCUCAAAUGCUGCAUCUGGAUCAAAUACUUCUGCACUCACUGAUACCCUCGAAGAGCUCUCAGAUGUCUGUAGACGCAAUAGAAAAGUUCAAGAGAUAGUUCAAGGUGCUUUGAUGCCUCUUGACCUACAUUUCACUGCUGUGACCUGAUAGUAACAGAUGAAAGAUGCAAAGCUUAUCAGGAGUUGCACAAUGAAAAUUAGCUUAAGUGUGAAUUAUGCUCUGGUUCGGUGCACGUUCGAUAUCAUUAUUCUUGUGAUUCUUAUUGGUGAGAGUCGUCGGAGUGUAUCAUUUCUCUGUCAUAUUGAAGGACAUCCAAAUGCUCUCCUCUCUUUUUCUUAGUAGGAGUGGGCAAGGGAAAUGUGUUCAUUUUUAUUUUUAUUUUUUUUCUGCCCCCUUAAUGUAUAUGUUACUGUGCAUUUGUAUUGCGGAUGUGAAACCAAAGUCAUAUGAGUGGUUGAAUUUUGUAAUUCUAAUUCUUCAUGAACUUUGUAUUUGUGAGCUCAAUUGUUAUAAGAGCGUGAUCCAUGUUACUUCUUUUGUUUCA